AUGGCGCCCCGUCAAGUCAAAGUCGACAUUAUUAGCGAUAUUGUCUGCCCGUUCUGCCUUUUGGGUCAGAAGCAGCUCGAAGGAGCUGUGACCAAGUUCAACACGGCGCACCCGUCUGCGGGUAUUGACCCAACGAUUCGGUUCUUGCCCUACCAGCUGAGCGCUGAGAACACUUCGCCUGAGCCUCGGUCCAAGGUCAAGAUGUACGAGGAUAAAUUCGGGCCGAAAGCCAAGGAUCUGCGUGCUCAGAUGGCGGACAGGUUCACCGCGCACGGUCUCACUCUUCACCCAGCAGGGGAGGUCUCGUCUUCGCACCGAGGCCACCGCCUCCAGACCCUCGCGCUGCACAAGAACCCCUCGCAGCAGCCCGCUCUCGCUGAGGACCUGUUCUUGGCAUACCACACGGACGGUAUCCACCCCUCGGACCUGGACACUCUCUCGACCAUCGCGAUGAAGUACAAGCUCUUCUCUUCCGAGGCUGAGGCGAAGGAGUGGCUCGAGAAUGGCACAGAGUACGACGAGGAGGUGACGAAGGGGUAUCGCUCGGCGCAGCAAAUGGGCGUCACUGGCGUGCCAUUCUUCAUUGUGGACAACAAGUACGCUAUCAGCGGUGCGGUCGGAGAGGAGGCCUUUGUCGACUUCUUCGAAAAGACGUACGGGGGCAAGGAAGCCGGCGCGGGUGCCGAACCGGCAGGAGAGGACAGUGUGUGUGCAUGA